UUCUACAGCCGCCACAGACCAGUACUCAGAUGGCGAACACGCCACGCAGCGGAUCAUCAUCCGAGUGUUCGACAGCUAGUAAUGCCGAACCCUUACCGGUCUGUCCGGUGCGAGAGUCGAAUGAGCCCCUCCCGGACUUCAUUCAGCGAAUGCAGGACUAUACUGCCGCACUCACCCAGGUCAAGGAACAGCAAGAGGCUGCCGCAGCCGAAAGACUACGGCUAGCAGAGGAAGCUGCAGCACAAACCCAGCGUCAAGCCGAGGCAGACCAGUUGGCGAUCGAUCAGCUCAACGCCGGCAGCGCUGAACUUGUAAGUGCUAACCAAGCACAAUGGACAGCGGUGCUCAACGGGAUGCGUUAUGUCCCGAUACCCGGCAGCGAGCCGACAACAGUACAGCAAGAGAGGCAAGACCUGGCAGAUAUUCUACUCCAUACAAUGCGCACCGUCAUUUGGAGCAGCUCCAUGGGGGAGCUGCAUUCCCGGUCCACACUGCAACUGCAGCACGAUCUGAGCCACAACCAGUUGAAACAGCUGGAUGCACGCAUUGCUACCUUGGAGGCAAGGCCUCCCCAAGCAGCGCCAGGCUGCACGCCAGAUAUGACAGACAUGACGAAGCAGCUCAAUGGGCGCAUCGAUCAUGUCGUCAAUCGCAUCGGCGACAUAGGUGUCUUCAAUGGGCCAGACACGAUCAGUAGCACGGUGGCCUCCAUUAAGACGAACAUCACCAAGCUGCAGACGAAACCGGACGCUGCUACGAAGAGUUACAAGAUGCCACACUUCGACAUCAGCAAGUUCGACGACCACAACAAGACGGACGCCUUGGCAUGGUGGCAACGUUUCCUUACGGAAACAUCCUGCCGCACUGUCCCAGACGACUACAUGAUGAAGGCGCUAUACUUACAGCUCAUUGGAGGAGCGCAGGCAUGGAUGAACCACGUGGCGGCUACCCACACAUGCACCAUCGCCGACCUUCACACGCACAUCACGUUGAAGGAGUUCGAGCAGCGAUGGUUCACCCGGUUCAUGGUCCGCAACGUCGUGAAGGCGGCCAUGAACGUGGUGUACACCUGCUCUCAAGGAAGUAUGCCAACUCAAGACUGGACAACCAAGUGGCAGAAGAUAGUGUCCACGCCAGGCUUCGACUUGACUUUUCCUAAUCAAUGAUCCGAGUUCUUCUCGCGAUCGUGUGUGGGAUUGCGGUCGGCACUCGGUAACGAGUAUGCUAUACCACGU